AUGGCAGCCACAAACAGUCAUUACUACGCCGACAGCAUGUACAACAUGUAUCCCGGCAGUCUGCCACCCAGCACAUAUUACGAGAACAGUCACAGCAACAACACUGGCUACUAUCAGAGCAACUCGUAUGCCAGCUAUCAGACGAACAGCUAUCCACAGUACAGCCAGGAGAGCUGCUACUAUUCCAGCUACCAAGAGCUGAUGCCACAGUCCACACCAUCAACGGUGAUCAGCUCGGCUGCAUCCUCGCCAGCUGCCAAGCCAGCUAAGCGCAAGGCCACCGAGAUGGCUGCCGACAUCAUUUCCGCAGUCGAAGAACGUCCCAGCACAUUGCGUGCUCUGCUCACGAAUCCCGCCAAGAAGUUGAAGUACACACCCGACUAUUUCUACACCACAUUCGAGCAGGUGAAGAAGGAGUCCUCCUCGAAGAGCAACAGCAGCUCCUCCGGCGAGCUAUCGCCCUGCUAUGAGCAAGACUACGCGGCAGUGCCAACGCCAUCCACACAGCAGACGCACAUGUCGCCACAGCGCAGCAGCAGCGAACAGGAUGUCGACUAUCUGGACGUGUACUCGCCACCGCCAGCGCCUUGCAAGCAGGCCACACCCGCUGCACCCGCCACGCCCGCUUCGUUGGUUGGCAUCAGCACGCCACCCCAAUCGCCGGCCGAGAAGGCUGUCAAUCAACAGCAGCAGCAAAAUGAGAUCAAUCAUCGCAUUGUGACAGCUGGCGCAGUCAGCAAUGAAUUCAAUUGGUCGCACAUCGAGGAGACUCUCGCAUCAGAUUGCAAAGACUCGAAACGCACUCGCCAAACUUACUCUCGCUACCAAACUUUGGAGUUGGAGAAAGAAUUCCACUUCAAUCGCUACAUCACACGUCGUCGUCGUGUCGACAUUGCUCAUGCGCUCAGUCUGACCGAGCGUCAGAUCAAAAUUUGGUUCCAAAAUCGUCGCAUGAAGUCCAAGAAGGAUCGCACUCUGGCCGCUUCCCCUGAGCACUGCACGAGUGCAGCUUACAGCUCGCUGUUGCCGCCACUGGAUGCGAGCAGCACAAGCGUAUCCUUGCCACAAUUGCAAGCACAGACGCAGUCGAGCAUGCCGUAUGCAGCGUAUCCCACGUAUUUGGCCAGCUCACAGCAGAGCUAUGAUUACCCACAGCAGUCGUCGCCGACAUCCCUAGCGCUGUCGCUGCCACCACCACCGCCACCGCCGCACUUUGGGCAGCAGUACGAGGCACACACACAGUACACACCGCAAUAUCAUCAGCAGGCACAGCAGCCACAGCCGUGCAGCUACCAGCAGCAGGAGCAUUCGCUCUAUCAUCUGCCUCUGCCUUAAACACGCACACACACCGAAGCGUAGCAAACUCGCAACACAGACACAAGCACACACACACACUGAGACUCACUCUCGACCAUUUGCCGGUGACACGCAAAUGGCUAACGAGAUGCUGAGCAGCCGAAAAACUGUCGAGCAGUGCCGAGCAAAGUGCGUGCACUCCCUAUGGUGCCCAACACACAUGGGCAAAAGGACGAGUGCGCGUUUAGCUCAGAAGCAGGCGACUUCUUGCAGCGACAACUACAACAAAAACAGCAGAGGAAAAACUUAUCUCUGGUGUUUAACCCAGUGGCUGGCCAUCAUGGGUUCUCCCCCGUUGCCUCAGUUGCCUGGAGAGCUCGAUUAUCACGAGCCUCGAAUGUGGCCGGGCAUCGAUAAUAGCCUCAAAACUCAACUUGGAGACUGAAAACAUGUUUUUGUUAAACUGAAAGCGAAU